AUGGCAACGACACAUAUCUGCAUGGCGGCAAACGAGCGAAAGGAUGGGUUCAAUUACGAAGAGAAUCAGGUCAAUUACCCAUACUACUUUCCCCAGACCCAGGAUCUACGAAAGUCCCACCAGGCAUUCAGAAUCCAGCUUCCAUCGCCCAGCCCCGAUACACACGACACUGAUUGCAAGGAUGGACGCUUUUACCGGACUUUCCAUCGAGAUCUGAAAUACAUAUUAAAAAGAACAGACUUGCGUGCUCACAAAUAUACUUUCGUAACCCAAGACCAUGAUUCUGGACGAGAGAUAGUCCAUUCAGUACUAUGGGACUAUGAAACAGGUCAUGUUCGGAUCAGUCCUAUGUUCAAGUCAUCGGAGUUUGACGCUCUGAGAAAAAAGAACACACCCCGCCGCUGCGUAACUAGGAAUGGUCUCAAUGACUGCUACGCUAGCAUAACCGGCGGCAACAUCGAAGCGCAGGGAUUUUGGAUACCAUACCUUGCGGCAAAGGCCAUAUGCUCUCGAUUUUGUUAUACUAUCCGCGAGGCCCUUUCUCCGAUUUUUGGAAAUGACUUCCCAGCACUAUGUGAACAGGAGCGUAGCAAGAUUUUAUCGGAUGGGAAAGGAUACGGGAGCGAAGAGACACUUCAAAUUGAAAGCUCGGUUGUCGAGGCAGUCAAAGCAAAACAAGCAGUCGUAGAGUGGCAAAUAUAUAUUGAAGAGGGAGUAGUGAGGGCUGAUAGACAGGAAAAGUUGCCACCCAUUGAAGAUGCAUGGAAACAAUACCUUACAACCUGUAAAGGGUUAUGGAUGCCUCCCCGGCUUUCGUACCCCGAAUCACCGCUGGAGCAACAAGAGGCAGAAGUCCAGGCUGCAAAAAUCCUAAUGGAGCUGAGAUACGGAGAUUCGGAGUGGCCUGUACAUGUAUUUUAA